AAGUUAUUCAUAAAUCAUAGGGGUACGUAUCUCACUUUUCUUUUCUUUUCAGAAAAGUUGUGAUAUCUCUAAACACUUUUCUCCCUAUUCCUAGAUCUCAACACAAUCUAACUCCAUAUGACACACACAACACUCAUAUUAAAGAGGCAAUUUUUCUUCAAGAUGGAUGGUGACUGGAAUUUCUUUACUAUCUUCAUUGGUAUUUUAACAAGUCUUUUUGUGCUACUUUUUCAUCACUCAAAUGCAAGUACAAUUUAUAAUCCAAAACAGAGUUGCAACUUUUUCGAAGGAAGUUGGAUUGAAGAUGAAACUUAUCCUCUUUAUAAUUCAACUCAAUGUCCUUUCAUUGAACAUGAAUUCAAUUGUCAAAGGAAUGGGCGUCCUGAUAAAAAUUACCUUAAGUAUAGAUGGCAACCACAUGGAUGCUCCUUACAAAGAUUUGAUGGACAGGCAUUCUUGCAGAAAUUCAAAGGGAAAAGCAUCAUGUUUGUGGGAGAUUCUCUAAGUCGAAAUCAGUGGCAGUCACUUGUAUGCCUUCUUUACACAUCACUCCCUAAGACCAAAUACAACGCAACCAGAGUUGGAGAUGUCUCUUUAUUCACCUUCUUGGAUUUUAAACUUGACGUGAUGUUGGAUCGAAGUGUGUAUUUAGUGGACGUUGUAAGGGAAGAAAAGGGAAGAAUAUUAAAAUUAGACUCAAUUGAAGGUGGCAAGUUGUGGAAAAAAAUUGACAUGCUUAUUUUCAACACUUGGCAUUGGUGGAAUCGCAGAGGAACCACUCAACCAUGGGAUUACAUUGAAAUAGGAGGCCAAUACUAUAAAGACAUGGAUCGUGUGGCUGCGUUUGAGAGAGCUUUAUUUACAUGGGCUAAGUGGAUUGACGCCAACAUUAAUCCUGCAAAAACUAUGGUGUUCUUUCAAGGAAUUUCUCCAUCUCAUUACAAUGGUACCAAUUGGAAUCAACCAGGCGUGAAAACUUGCUUAGGGCAGAGUCAACCGAUGAGUGGUUCGAUAUAUCCAGGAGGUUUGCCCCCAGCAUUGACAGUGUUGAAGAAAGUAUUGUCCACAAUUGAGAAGCCAGUGACAUUACUUGAUGUCACAAAUCUUUGCCUAUUGCGUAAAGAUGGACAUCCUUCAAUUUAUGGGCUAAGUGGAAUGGACUGCAGUCAUUGGUGUCUAGCUGGAGUUCCUGACAUUUGGAACGAAAUACUUUAUAACUAUGUAGUAAUUACUUAAUUGGAAGGGGAGCAUUGGCGGCAUAACCCGUAAAAUUGCUUCCAUGUGAUUUGCAAGAGGUUACAUAUUCGAACUGUAAAAAGAACGUAACUUCCUAUAGAAUUAAUCUUUGUGAGUCAAUCUUUUCCAGACCCCCUGCAUAACGGGAGUUAAGUGCAUGGACAGUUAGAAAAUAGAAUAAUUACUUAAUUGAACACUCAAUAUUUCUAUUUCAUUAAUUGUUCAAGCAUGAACUUCAAUCUUCAAUAGUCACUUAUAUAUAGAGACGAGAAGAAUUGAUUAUUACCAUGUGAAGAUUUGAGAAAAUGUUUGUACUACAUGUUGGCAUAUUUGUUGCCAUAUUUAUAACAAAAACUUUUAAUCUUUA